AUGGAAAAAUUCGACUGGAAAAUUAUAGUCAGAGCCAACCUAUUUAUUCUCAAUUUAGUGGGGUUGUGGCCCAAAUCUGGAAAAGGUUACUCAUUAAAUUUAUAUACUUUAUAUGCACUUGUGGUUAAUACCACUGUCGAUGCUCACAACGUAUUCCAAGCAGCUUACAUUUGUGCAAUAUACAAAGAUUUGCAAGCAAUAAUUGCCAUAAUUUUUAUUCUCGUCACGGAAGCGGACGCUUCAAUUAAAAUUUUCUACUUCGUACGGCGGAUAUCUCUUGUGCAGUCUCUGCUGAAAGAAUUAGAGAAUGACGAGUUUCAACCCAGAAACUCUCAGCAAAGGGAAAUGGUCCAGCGUACUUUGAAUCCUUGGAUGCUAAUUUACAGAACGUUUUGGAUUACUACAGGCACUGAUUUGUGUUUCUUGUUCAUUUUUCCUAUUAUGGACGGUUCGCACAAAGAUUACAGGCUACCAUUUUGGGCGUGGUAUCCCUUUGACACCAAGAGGUCUCCCAAUUACGAAGUAACUUACAUAUAUCAAGUGCUAUGUACGUGGUUUCUGGCUUCCUGUAAUAUAAUUAUGGACACUAUGUUCGCCGCCCUGAUGACAUAUAUUAUGGCUCAGUGUGACAUUUUAAGUGACGAUUUACGAAAUUUGGCAGAUGGUGACGAUAGUUACAAUGUAAAAAUUGUAAAAUGUGUACAACACCAUAAGAAAAUUUUGAGGUAUGAAAUUGCUUUGCGCAAAAGUUUGUGGUAA